GCCCUGAACGGGGUGGGUGUGGCUUCUCCCCAACGGGACUCCUCCCUCUUCUCCCGGAUGGAGUCAAUCUGAGGACUAAACAUUUGCACUUGCGGCUCUUUACUGCUGUGGAAGAAAAGAGAAUUCUCCAGCAAGUUAGUGAACCUGAGGAGCUACAACAAUGGCGGGAAAGCCCUUAUUUCAUUAUGAUGAGGCCCGGGGCAGAAUGGAGUCUGUCCGCUGGCUCUUGGCUGCAGCUGGAGUAGAGUAUGAAGAGAAAUUUAUACACACCAACGAGGACUUGGAGAAGUUAAGAAGUGAUGGAGUUUUGAUGUUCCAGCAAGUACCCAUGGUGGAGGUGGACGGAAUGAAGCUGGUGCAGAUCAGGGCCAUUCUCAACUAUUUUUCCAGCAAAUACAACCUCUAUGGGAAGGACAUGAAGGAGAGAGCCCUGAUUGAUAUGUAUUCGGAAGGUUUGGCAGAUUUGAAUGAGAUGUUUAUUCUCUACCCAUUUGACCCACCUGGGGUCAAAGAAGCAAACAUCGCCCUGAUGAAAGAGAAAGCGACCAACCGUUACUUUCCUGCCUUUGAAAAGGUGUUAAAGAGCCAUGGACAAGACUACCUCGUUGGCAACAAGCUGAGCAAGGCUGAUAUUCACCUGGUUGAAAUGAUCUACAACAUGGAAGAGCUGGAUGCCAACAUUAUAGCCAACUUCCCUCUGCUUCAGGCUCUGAAAACCCGAAUCAGUGACAUGCCCACCAUAAAGAAGUUUCUGCAGCCUGGCAGCCAGAGGCAGCCUCCUGUUGAUGAGAAAAGCAUACAGAAGACAAGGAAGAUUUUCAAGUUUUAAGGAAAUGACAUGGACCCAGCGCUACACCUCCAUGUCGAUCCUGAGAACUGUCAGUGAGCUUUCUCACUUAUGCUAUCAAUGAAUUAACGGGCUCCCAUGGCAUAGCUUAGUGUAAACACUUUUAUUAGGAUAUGCUGUGAGAUGUUUUCUAAUUUCCUGACUUAACUCUUUCCUGUAAUAAAAAGUUUAAUAAAAAUGAAGA